CUCCAAUUUUUUUUUUUUUUAGUGUAUCCUAUAAUGUCAUUCUUCAACGCUCUUACAACUGCUGCUCGUUCAUCGAAUACUUUUGCUUUGAAGACUUUACAACAACGUACAUUUGCUUCUGUGACAGAAACUGCGAUCAAGGCCAGUCCAGUGGCAACUCAUGUACAAGCUUUCCUUCGUGAUUUCAAAACCAAUGAACCAAUGUCUAUUAUGGAUCUAGAUGCCAAAGUAUUUGGUGCUCCUUUACGUAAAGAUAUUUUACAUCGUGUAGUAGUAUGGCAACGGGAUAAUAUGCGUCAAGGUACAGCAUCUACCAAAGGUCGAGCCGAUGUCCGAGGAACCAGUAAGAAGGCAGCUCCUCAAAAAGGUCGAGGCAAAGCUCGUGUGGGUAACAUGAAGGCUCCUCAUUUCCGAGGCGGUGGUAUUGCAUUUGGACCUAAACCUAGAGAUCAUGGAACGGAAUUACCUCGCAAAGUACAAGAAUUCGGUUUACGGGUGGCUUUAAGUACCAAAUAUGCUCAAGAUCAAUUGACAGUGGUGGAUUCUUUUCAAACCAUCGAUUCUCAUAAGACACGUGAUUUGAAUCAAGUGUUGCAACACACUUACAACCAUGAUAGUACCAUACUCAUGAUCAUCAACGAAGAAAAUGAAAAAUUGGAAUUGGCCGCUCGCAAUAUCCCUCGUUGUGAAGUCAUCUAUGUGGAAGAAACAAAUGUACUGGAUUUACUUACCUACGAUAAGGUCUUUGUGGAAAAAAGUGCUGUUGGUGUAUUGGAAUCUGCUUUGGCCACUGUCUAGUUAGUUAGUCCAUCUCGUCUCUUUUUUUUUUUUUUUGUCACCCUUCAUUUGUAUAAUAUUGUUUUCUUUUAUACAUCUUUCCUUUUUUCUAUAUCACAUACUUUUUUUUCUCUUAUUUUCCCUUUUUAUACAACUCUUUUUUUUUUCUGUAAUCAUAGCGUAGAUUGAACAUUGUUUAUUAAAUAAAAAUCAU